CUUUAGUUAAUCUGGGCACGCGUACUGAUCAAUAUGUCCACGUGAUCUGUCGUCAGUUGCGACUCGCGUAAUUGCAAAAUGCAAAAUGUCUAAGGAGGAAAACGUUUGUGUAACAAUGAAAUCGUAAUUUUUAUUAUUAAUCGUAGUGCUAUAGUUAUAAAAUGCCUGCAUCAAUUGGCGUUAAUUUACGAGUGACUGGCCACUGCAGCCAAGGCGGGAGAAAGUAUAUGGAAGAUUUGUUUUCCGUUGCUUAUCAACAAACUGAAGAUGAGAGAGAUUUGGAGUACGCUUUCUUCGGAAUAUAUGAUGGGCAUGGCGGGAGCGAGGCGGCAGCAUUUGCUAAAGAACAUUUGAUGGACUCCAUUGUGAAGCAAAGACAAUUCUGGUCUGACAAUGAUGAGGACGUUCUGAAAGCUAUCAGAAAUGGUUACAUGUUGACCCAUUUGAACAUGUGGAAAGAAUUAGAAAAAUGGCCAAAAACAGUAACGGGUUUGCCAAGCACCGCUGGCACUACUGCCAGUGUGGCAUUCAUAAGGAGAGGGAAAAUAUACAUUGGACACGUCGGAGAUUCUGCUAUUGUACUUGGCUACCAAAAAGAUGGUUCUGAAGAAUGGGCUGCUAAACCACUAACGUCAGACCAUAAACCAGAAUCCACCGCAGAAAUAGAAAGAAUCCAAAGAUGUGGUGGAAAAGUAAUAUCAAAGGCUGGUGUUCCACGAGUUGUAUGGAAUAGACCAAGGAUAGGCCACAAGGGGCCCAUAAAAAAGAACACACCAAUGGAUGAAAUCCCCUUCUUGGCUGUAGCACGUUCUCUGGGUGAUCUAUGGAGUUAUAAUCCACAAAAUGAUGAGUUCAUAGUUAGUCCCGACCCCGAUGUUGGUGUAUUAACAAUCGACCCUUCAAAGUUUCGGUGUUUAAUUUUUGGAACUGAUGGAUUGUGGAAUAUGAUAUCUCCAGAAGGUGCUGUGAACUUAGUCCAAGCGACAGAAAAACAUAAUGAGGCUGCCUUAGUGGGGGGCAACAGUAGCCAACCCAGAGAUUGGCUUAAUCCAUCAAAAAGUCUAGUAGAUCAUGCCCUAGAAAGGUGGUCCAAUACCCGUAUGAGAGCAGACAACACAUCGGUCGUAACAUUAAUGCUGGACCCGCCUGGUCCACCGCGCGCGACCGUGCUUCGCUCGCGCACCUCGCAGAAGCCGCAGACCUCCGCCCCCGCCCCCGUGCCUCCACCAGCCGCAGUCGCCGCUACCGCCCCCGUCACCGCCGGCCCCGAGCCCGCCGAGGCGGAGGCGCGGCCAGUGCCGCAAAACGGGCUUACCAUCAUGACUCGGUACUCGGACGUGGACCGCGGGCCCGACCGGCCGCCACCACCGCCGCCCUUGCCGCCCUGCGCCACUAUCGACGGCCGUCUCUCCGUCGCGCCGCAAGACGACGCGCAGCGCGACACCGCCGACGGCGAUGACGGUGACGUGCUCACCACCUACGGCAACCCCGCCGAGUCAUAUUUUAUGGCCCGCCUGCUCAACCGGAGCAGAGUCGUUAAUACGCUCGCUGACGUCUACGACGAGAUCGCGAGCGGCCACGCGCCCGACGUCGACGACGCGCCGGAACCGUCGCCUCCGCCGCCGUCCGCCACCUUACUCCCCGAGGUCGCGGGCGACGGAGGCGUCGACCCGGGCCACGCGCCGCCCGACGAGGAGCCGCCCGACGACGGGGCCCGCGCCGCCGACGAUUCGGGACCGGUUACCGACGACGGCGGCAUCCAGAUUAACGAGGUUUCAUCGAGCUCGCCGAUCGAGGCGCCGCCGCGACCCCGCGGGCGGCGGCCCCGCGCCGACCUACGUCGCGAGAUUCCGGCUGCACCCAACGACCGCGUGCUGCGCUCACACCACGAGGAGACUCAGCAGCGACCGCACACGCGACAGACGGCGACUCGAGCGCGCCCCGUCGGCCCGGCCCCGCUCGACCGCGUCGUCAUCCUCAGUCGGCGUGCACCCCCCGCGCCGCCCGGGCCGGCCGCCGCCGCGCCCGCCGACACGAGGCCGCCGCCGCGCCGGCCCGCGCCGCCGCCGGCCGAGCCGGCGCCGCCCGUGCUCGCCGAGGACGAGGCGCGGCGGGGCGCGCGCACGACGCGGUCGCACGGCGCGCCGGCGACCCCGCUCGCGCAGAAGAUCACGCGCAGCAUCAGCGGCGUGGCGCGCGAGCUGCGCGCGGCGGCGGCGGCGCGGGCGGGAAACUCGGCGCGCGCCCCGGGGCCGGCGCGGCGGGCCCCGGCGGCGCGGGCUGCGGGCGCGGCGCGGCUGCGCGCGGGCCGCUCGAAGGAGAACCUCGGCGCCGCGACGCCGCGCGCGCGCGCCCGCGCCGCGCCCGCGCCGCCGCCGCCGCCGCCGCGCUGCCCGUCGCCGCGCCCGCGCCCGCGCCGCGCCGGUAGCGUCGACGUGCACUCCACCACGCCCGAGCCGCGCCCGCGCCCGCGCGCGCUGCGCUCGCGCAACGACGCCGCCGAGCCGGCGCGGCCACCCCGCGAGCCGCCCGCCAAGCGGCCGCGCUGCGACGACGCGGCGGCGGCGGCGGCGGCGGCCGGCGGAGGCAAGGCGGCGCGGCUGGCGAGCGAGCGCUGCGUGCGGGCGCUCGGCAAGCGGUCGUCGGGUCCGUGGGCGCCGGCGUUGGCGCUGCGGAACCGCCUGCGGCGGCGGCUCGCCAAGUAGCGGCCAAGGCCGCGCCUAGUUAAGUAGUGUAAAUUGUGGUUACCUGUGAGCGUGGGGGAAAACGGUGCCUUCUAGUACUGCCAAAGUACUCUUUGACGUUUCAUAUUUUAUCGGUCCGGCCGCCGAGUCGUGCGGGAGAUCCAAAGAUGACUGCGUCGUAUACGGUUAAAUUUCUGUUGUUGAUUUUUGUUUUUGUCGCUCGCCCCGACUCUGAUUUAGCGUUAAGUAGUUCCCGUUUAGUUUUGUAACUGUUAGGUAGGUACCUCGCUCCACUUUCGACUGUAGAUUUUAUACUUGUACCUCUUAUUCCGAUUCCAGUGAUGUGUCCAGUUAUCGCGACCCGGCAUUUGCUGGGUCGCAUUCGAAUAUGAACAAUAGUACAAAGGAGUAUAUUGAAUAUUUUACCAUGUAAGUUUAACACGUGGACCAGGCAGAUCAAGUAAGCCCUAUAGAUAUUUAUUUUAACUAUAUUUAUAUCUAUAUCAUAUUGCAUUUAACUUUAGACAGAUGUGGGAAACUAAUUUUCCUUAUUUUAAUGUCGAAGCAGAGGCUACGCGCGUACGACUUUCAGAUGAAUAUUAUAAUUAUAUAGCACCUUUUGCGAGACGUGUUAAACAGCGAUCUUGUGAAUGGCGUACUUUAUUAGAAUAUAAAAAUUGUGGGUACUAUUACCGAGAGUGCUUUUCUCAAACCUGUUAAUUAAGGAGUGCUAUUAUAAUUGUAUAAAUAUGUAGAUGUGUACAGAGACAUGUUUGUACGAUCAUCAUCAAAAUUUUCAUUUAAAAUUAUUAUGCAAAAUUUAUUUUUUCUAUACAAAUGUAGCUAUUUAAUAACAUAGAAGUUAUUCUUUUGGGAAAAGAAUUGUUUAUGUACUUCCUUGAAGAGCUUUAUUCGUUUCUCAUUAUGUGUUGUAAUGACUCAAAAUGGACCAGUCGUAUCUAUGUUUGAUGGUGUUCUUUGAUCAUUGGAGUGUUGCUCGACAGAAACAUAUCUAUAAAAUUGGGUAUAUAAUGUUACACAUCUCAAAAUUAAGGUACUAUGUGAUAGAGAGUUUUCUACAAAUCUUGUCUGCUUUAGAUGCAUACUUAUUAGUGGAAUUACAGCAUAUUCAUUGACAAUUUGCCAUUAAGAAUUUUGAGAAUGUAUAUUGUUAAAUACGGUCUCAACAAUUAAUAUGCUUACUAGCCUAUUUCAUGUUUGAGUUUCAUGCUAAUUGUGUUUCAGGUGUUUUUCAAUAAACAUAUAAGCAAGCGAAAAAAAUGCAAGUGAUUUAUACAAGUUGAUAUGUGCCUUCUGGCUGAUUAAAGAAUUUUAAAUUAAAAAAAAUUGUAGUACAUAGUUUAAAAUGUUUAAGCAGUGAUAUUUCCGAAUCGAUACGACAUGGAUGCUUUCAAGAUUCGAUCAUUAUUAUUAUUUGAAAUUUGGACUAUCUCAGGUGAAACCUGUAAACACUGCAAUAUUCUGCAUCUAUUGUGCUCGCCUUUUCUUAGUUCCUUAGACCGUGCGUGUAUCUUUAUAAAAUUCCAUAAAACUGAUUCGUGAAAAAAGGAAAAUUUUUACCAUGAAUUCUCUAACAUGAAGUGGCUUGUUAACCUUAAUUUUUAAUUUGUACAAAAUAAAAUGGGACAUUUAUAACCUGGGCACAAGAAGUAUUUUUAAAUCCCAUUUUUUUUAUACAAGUUCUGAUCUGACACUCAUUUAAUUGUUUUAUGUUACUUUUGACUGCUCACCUUCUUUAGUAGAGGUUAGGAUAUUUUUCUUACUUCAAAUUUUAAAAUUGACUAUGAAACUAAACAAGCAAAAGUAUUCUCUAAUAAAAAGUUGACGAGUUGCCAUUAAUAACAAUUUAAGACGUUAUACCACAAAAAAAAAGAAAACAUUUACUUCCAACGUGGCAAGACUAGUUAUUUUAAUUUAAAAACUAAACUACUAAAACCGAUUUUGAUAAAAUUUCUACGGGACCAAUCUAAAGGUAUAUCCUUUCAGAUAAAAAGAAUUUUCCAAAACGGUAGAUAAAUGAAAUGAUCAACCGAAAUGUAAAUUUUUUUUAGAAGUCUGUUAAAAAUAAUAACAGACUAUGAAAUAAAUAUAUUCUCAACCAGCCGUCAAAAGCAAAAUAAAAUAAUGGUAUGGGUGUAAUAAUUAUAACAAUGUUAUUAAGCCCGUGCACCUGUAUACUGUAUCUUUAUCUAUACCCAGCCAUCUUAGUUUCCAAUACCAUGCAAUAUAUGUAACGUUACGUUUUAAACUAAAAGUAUUGUGAUCAUGAGACCAUUGAGUAGUAACCAAAUACGGUUUGCGAUGCAAUUUGUUGUUAAUGUGAAUUUAUUAUUGUAAAAUUUAAAAUGUUAAACUGAACUUAAAAUGAUUUGAUUGAAAGUACCUAAGGACUGAAGCAUAUAUAUAGUGUAUAUGAAUAUUAGGCGUAGCAUUCGAUGUAUAUAAACCCGUUAUGUCGGGCUAAUAAAGAUUAUAAUAAUGUGCCUCACUUGUUACCGACUUGACAACAAAUGAAUUAGGUGAAGUGUUCUUUGAUAAAUGAGAUAUGUAUUUUUUAUUAAAAUAUAAAAAUUUAUUGCAUUGUAAUUAAGCUGUAAAAGAUUUAAUAUAAACUGUUAAGUAAUAUCGUAAAAGAGUUUUUUUAGUGAAAUUCUGUCAUUUACGUCUAACGUUAAAUAGAUUUGUCACACAGAACUGUAACAAUUUAAUUUUGAUAUACAAAACUAUGUUGCUGAAUAUACUAUAUGGACAAUAUUACAAAAACUCGGUUUUACAUAUCAAAAUUUAAUUGUACGUUAAUGUUAUAUUCAAUUGAAUGGUAAUAUCGAUGGAUUUGAAAUGGUAUAGAGUAGUCGCAUAUUUAUGUAUGACUUGCAAUAAAUUUGUUCCGAAUUGGACAUAUUCCCUAGUAGCUCAUCUUACUAUGUUAGUAUUUCUAAAUAAUAAACAUUUUUAAGUGUAUCAAUAAUAAAGGAUUCUUUAAUCCUGCACUUGGUUUACUAAUGAUCAAGUAAGAUUUGUGCUACUUAAAUCUUUCAACUAAAUUGUUUCCAUUCAAUUCUUCGCGCCAUUAAAAGAUGUGAUAAUUAUGAAUAACGUGUUAUUUGUAUAAUGUCUCUUCUUACUACUUAACAAUAUAAUACUCUAAUCCCAUUGGGGUGGUCAGAUACAGUAGAAAGUGAAAUGCAGUGGAGCUUUUUAUCUACAUAUAAAUCUUAGCAUAUCAUUGAUUAUUUGUUUUCAAUACGAAGACUUAGUAAUACUAAUAUAAUAAAUAAAUAAAUGUAUAUUAACAUUACAAUUCAAAUAUAAAAAAAAAAUCCAUAAUUACGAGAUUUUUUUACAAUAAAGAAACAAAUGUUUCCUUGAACGAUGAACACAAAAUGAGAAACAUGGAACAUUGCUAGUUCGGAACAAGUCUAGUCAAAGUUAGUUUGUUGGAGAAUUGUACCAGUGGACAGAUUCGAAAUGUGUUUCUCUCUUUUUAAAUGCGAUAUCUAGAGAUGUAAUCUCUUAUAUUAAGGCCAAUUUUGUAAUGUUAUACCGUACCAAUAAUUUCGGUAUUGUUUAAUAAAAUUCAUGAUUUCUAUAUUUAAAUUUGAGAGGAAUAUAUUUCUGAAUUUUUGUCACGACGAGGCGAGUUCUGUGUGCCAAUACAUUUCUAAGAAAACCUAAAAAAAUAUUUAUUUUGGUGGUGUAUUCAUAUAAUUUUUGAUAUUAUAUAGCAACCACUAAGUAUGUUCAAUUCAGACUGCUUUAGUAAAUUAGUCGGGUGGCAAGUAAUUUAGUAGUUAAAUAUGUCUUAACAGCAUUAAUCGAAAAUGAGUACUUUUUUACUAAAUGAAUUGCCACCAUUAAAUUAUUAAAUAGUCUGGACAGGGCUAAACAGGUUUUUCUUAGAAAAUGGUAUUUAUAUUGAUAUUUUAUGUGAGAACCCAGUGUCUUUUGUUUUUUUUUUUUAUUAAUUGUGAUGUAAGUGACGGAUAAAGAUGGGUGACGAUGUGACCUAAGGGUUGUUAUUGCCUUGAAGAGGUGGACGGUGAAACCUGCAACGUAAAGAUUGAGAAGCUAAAACAAAUUUAUUACUAUACAUAUUAAUUUUAAAGUAAAGGAUUAUUGUAGAUUUUAUUUUUUGAUUUAAAUAAAGUUUGUAUGAAAUAAAUAA